AUGGCAUCCGAUUCCGUUUUCGCCGCCGUCGUUCGUGCUCCCGAAGAUCCCAUCCUCGGGGUUACCGUUGCUUACAACAAGGAUACCAGCCCGAACAAGCUGAAUCUGGGCGUCGGUGCUUACCGAACCGAGGAAGGGAAGCCUCUUGUUCUCAAUGUCGUGCGGCGAGCAGAGCAGAUUCUGGUGAAUGACGAGUCUCGUGUGAAGGAGUAUCUUGGUAUUACUGGACUUGCAGACUUCAAUAAGCUGAGUGCCAAGCUCAUUCUAGGCGCUGACAGCCCAGCCAUACAAGACAACAGAGUCACAACAGUCCAGUGCUUGUCUGGCACUGGUUCUCUAAGGGUUGGAGCUGAGUUUCUCGCGAGGCAUUAUCAUGAGCAUACUAUCUACAUUCCGAACCCAACAUGGGGAAAUCAUCCGAAAAUCUUUAACCUCGCUGGGCUGUCUGUGAAAACUUACCGCUACUAUGACCCUGCAACAAAGGGCCUGGACUUUCAAGGAUUGCUGGAAGAUCUCGGAGCUGCACCAUCAGGGGCCAUAGUACUCCUUCAUGCAUGUGCACAUAACCCAACGGGUGUUGACCCAACCCUCGAGCAGUGGGAGCAAAUCAGACAGUUAAUUAGAUCGAAGCAGUUAUUGCCCUUCUUUGAUAGUGCUUACCAGGGAUUUGCAAGUGGUAGCCUUGAUGCAGAUGCAGAAUCAGUUAGAAUGUUUGUUGCUGAUGGUGGUGAAUGUCUUGCGGCACAAAGUUAUGCAAAAAACAUGGGACUCUACGGGGAACGUGUUGGGGCUCUCAGUAUUGUCUGCAAGGCAGCUGAUGUGGCAAGCAGAGUUGAGAGUCAAUUGAAACUUGUGAUCCGCCCAAUGUAUUCCAACCCACCAAUCCAUGGUGCAUCUAUAGUUGCUGCAAUUCUCAAGGACAGUGAAAUGUAUAGAGAAUGGACUGUGGAGCUGAAAGCCAUGGCUGACAGGAUCCUUAGCAUGCGCCAGCAGCUUUUCGAAGCCUUAUCUGCUAGAGGUACUCCAGGUGACUGGAGUCACAUCAUCAAGCAAAUUGGAAUGUUUACAUUCACUGGUCUCAACUCUGAACAAGUUGCCUUUAUGACCAAAGAGUACCACAUUUACAUGACAUCUGACGGGAGGAUUAGCAUGGCUGGCCUCAGUUCACGUACAGUUCCUCAUCUUGCUGACGCUAUACAUGCUGCAGUCACCUGUUCCACCUAG